UAAACAUCCGCGCUUAAAUUGGUUCCAUAACAGUAAGUUGAGGAUCAUGUGAUCUUACUAAUUUGAGUCAGGUUUAAAUAGUCUAGAUAAUUGCGCGUGCACGCCAUUGUUUAAAAGUCCUGAAAAGUCGAGCAUGGGUCAAUCGAUUUACUGUGGGCUACCAUGGCAACAAAAGGAAAAGAUAGAGCAGCGAUGUUCACGGCAACGGAACAGCGUUUGCUAUUGGAAACAUAUGACAAAUUUAAAGAUGUCAUCACCAAAAAAGGCAAUACAGCGGCAAUAAAUAAAGCAAGAGAGAAAGGUUGGCAGGAAAUUGCUGAUCGUCUCAAUGCCAGCAACUUAAGUGAAGGAAAAAGAACCUGGCAGCAGGUGAAAAUAAAAUAUAAAAAUAUAGUUCAGAAUGCGACCAAAAAGAAGACUGAGGUUGCUGGCACUGGGGGAGGGCCACCACCAGCCAGCUUCACUCCUGCAGAGGAGCUGGCUUUGGAAAUUAAUAAAGGGAGGCCCGUCCUUGAGGGAAUAGAGGGGGGGACAUCAUCUAAGAUGAUAUCACGUAGUAUAAGGAGUGAGCAUAUAAAAGAUUCUGUAUGCUUUAUGGAUCCACCAGACAUCAUGUUUCCUGGAGAAGGCCCAUCAGUUGAAGAGGAUGAGGAGACUGUGUCUGUAUGUUCAAGGAGGCCUGAGGAUGCUGACACUGUUCUAGAGCCCUCUCAGUCUGGGACCACAUGUGACAAAAACCCAGAAAACAUAAAAGGAGUGUAUAAACGCUACCUCCUUAAACAAAUGGAAGCGAUUGAUAUCGACAUCCAGUAUAAAAAACUGAAGAUGAGGAAGUUGGAGCUGGAAAUUCAACAGCUACAGAAAAAUGCAAAUUCACUCUGAAUAAAGACAAAUCACAUUAAA